GCCCGCUGCUGCGCGCUCUCGCCUGCCGCGCGCUCCCAGCGUCAGCUGUUUUUGCACUUUACCGUCCUGUGUGGAGAUCCGAGGCGCCCCUCAACAUGACGAUCAAUACUCUGAGUAAAAGUGGUCUACAGCGGGAGCAGAUGUCAUGUUUCCAGAGAAUGCAGAAAGUGGUCGUAGCCAUGCAGGACCCUGACAUCGGUAUAAAGAUGAGGAACCAAAGACUCCUCAUCACUGUCAUCCCUCACGCCAUGACAG